AUGCCCAAGAGUUUCUCCGACUUCUUGCCGAACGCCUUUUUGGCGGGCGUCGGCGCUUUUUUGGAGGCCUCCGUCGAUGACGUUUUCGUCUCCGUUUUUGGGGCCGAAAGUCGAUGGAAAUGGAAUGGUAAAGUAGUAAUAUAAAUUGUAAAAAUAGCUAUGUUGAGCUUAAAUCUGUGUAUUUUACAAACUAAUCAUCCAAUUUGCAGCCCGAACCAGUGGAAUUGUUCUCGUCGCUUCGGUCGGAUCUUAUUGCGCAUACCGAAUAUGCAGCAAGUACCUGGGCGAUGGCUUUGUUUGGACACUGUUGGACUCGACUCGACUUGAUAGAAUCCCUCGGGCCGACAGUCGACUUCUUCACCCAGCGGCCGAAGUAAGUCGUUACAUUUUUGAAAUUUUUAUAGUAAAUCUUACCGUAGCUCGAUAUAUUAUUGUGAUACAUGAGUCUAGAAUGUAGGCAGAAGCGAUUAGAGCCCGAAUUAGACUGGUUUAUUUACGAUAUUGUAAUUAAUUUUUUAUUUUCGAUUUAUUGCCUGAGGCUGGUUUCUCUCGACGGAUAAUUAGCGUUGCGUAAGAGUUGGUGUAAUAAGAGUAAUAUAUCCGAAAAUGACGUCAUUUUAAUUAUUUAGAUUUAUGUGGGAAGGCGUUUUUUGGGUGCUUCAGAGGAGCUAUGGAUAUUACACUGGAUAACAACUCCAAAAAAUUUUUUUUUACUUCUUUUCUUUGCGAAAAAGUCAAAGAAAUUGAUCAAUUGCUCUUAGGAUCAGUUUUUUUAUUCUUUAAAAUGACUUUCUGAUCCCUCGAAUGUAUCUGUAAUCAGCUUGUUCCCGAUUACAAUAUUCCCAUCUAUCCGCGCGCCCCAUAAACCCCCAUAAUCGUCAUGUUCCGAGCCCCCAAAAGUCAAUCACUUUCCAGAAAUCCGACUAUACUAAAGAGUCAGUCCUUUAGUGCAAGCGGGAAGGGUUCACAAAAGAUGCGGCGAAAAAAAACAGGAAAAGAUCCUUUUAUUGUAUUACGAUGACAUUCCCCCUUCCUUUCGUAUAAAAACCCAUCUUCCGCCUUUUUUGCAUAACAAAUAAGAGAGGCACGUCCAUUUCUAGAGACGAUUGAUUCGUACAGUGGCAGAGGGCGUUUAAUUGCAUGGGAGAAAACGUUUAAUGACGAAAGUGAAAAAUCCCAUUACUACAGGGUUAUAGCUGUUCAGGGGUGGUAGUUGUUGGUUUUGCAGAGCAAGGAGGUAGUUUAGCGGGUUAGACCAAAAAAAUCGAUGAUUUGUUUGGGAAAGGCGGCGAAAAUUUAUAUUUUUGCAGACGGUUGAUGACUAAAAUUCGUAAAACGACGGGAGGUUUUGUUUUUUGGUGUUGAUUUCUUGUGAAAUAAGGAUAAAUUGACCAUUUAAUUAUUAUGUCUGUUAUUUUUACGGCAACAAGUCUUUCCAUUUUUGAACGUUUUGUCACCAUUUUGGCCAUUUCUGAUCGCUUAUGUUAUACUAGGCAUCAGAUGAUAAAACAUGGCUAAAACGGGUUUUUAUUGGUUUUUAAGCUACUUGCUGUAUAAAAUACGGAUAUUUAUCCUUUUACUUUUUGUGAACCGCCAUUUCAUAUCGGUCUACAUCCAAUUAGAUUCGCUGUGACCCAUUAUCGCAAGUACAAUGUGGGGAACAUCCCUACACAAUAGAGGUCAUGUACUCCCUAAAAAUAGCUCCCCAUUUACUUACUCCCGAUGUCCGACGUUCAGGAAUCAGGUCGUAACAGGCAGAAGUCGUGACUAUUCCUCUCUAACCCCACCUUUUUUAGAGGACAUUGUUAUUUGAGUAUUAUGGAGAUCAUAACUCUUGUUAAACUUUGUGGCGAGACGAGAGAAAAGGGGUCACACAGGGACUUGUCAAGUGGUUGAAAAGAGACUAAACUUUGGUUUCGGUUUGCAGGGCUUUUAAUGGGCUGGGGUUGAAUCAUGCCUACUAUAACAUCGGAAAAUUUGAAUAUUUUCGGGAGAGUUGUGCUUGUAAUGCAACAUUCAUUUUUUGGUUUGUCUGGAAGUUGACUUUUUUUGGUUGGAAAGGUUAAGAAAAUCAAAGUUUUUGAUUAUGUUUAUACAACCAGAGACUGGUGUUUGUAAUGAAUUAAAAAGGAAGUCUUUGCAGAUCAUUGCGAUUCUUUGAAUGCCCUCGCUGCAAUAACUUCCUUCAACACUGUCUUAAAUUCAUUUAUCCCAAAAAUUUUCGGAGUUCUCUACAAAAUUUUAUCUAAAUAGUCUGAUAUGGCCUACUAUAAUAUAAUUAUAUUGUUUUACUGGCCCGAUUUGUGUGCCAAGCUUUUGAAAAAGGAACAUUGGAGCCUCAUUGCGCGAUGAACUCGAUAAAUUUUUGUUUUUAUGUUUGUUUAACUUUUGAAUUUUCCGCCUAAAUGGCAGCAAACGGAAUGCCAAGCGAACCCUCUUGCUUCGCAAGAAAUUGCGCGAAUUGCGGUAAAGUGGAAGGAAUGAGCGAGGUUUGCUCGGAUUGUAUUUUACGGUGCUAUUUACGGCUCUACAAGCUGGUCAAGGUUUGUUUUACGACAAAAUUUUUUGUGGGCCCUUUGUCUUUGAUGGUUAACAUAAAAUCAUUAUUUUUAAAGAGAUUUUGGAGUUUUCCCAUGGAUUUUAGGUAGAUUUAGUUCUUCUAGACUCAAAAGAUGCUAGUGAUAUGCAAUUUGUAUUAAUUGGAGGAACAUGAUUUUAUUCUUUUCAGGGCUUUUUUUACCCUCGACGGACAGGAGAAGGCCAGACGGACGAAGGUCACCGAAAAUUGGCAUCACUCAAGGCAACCCCAUCGUCAAACUAUCGUAUUUCGGCAACGAGAAGUGGAUCGCCAAUUCGAAUCCUGUGCAAUGGAGAGGGGUUGCGAAAACGCCCGUCGAGGAAAGGACUAGAGGGGAUUUCAAGUUCAAGCCAGAAGAAAUCCAUCUCCACCAGAGUUGUGGGAGGCUUAGGAGAGGAACUGGACAAUGCUGAGUAAGUAUUUGACCUUUUGAAAGUUUUAAGAGCGGUUUGGAAAGUCAAUUUUGCCGGAAAUUGUCUGUUUUGGAUAAAAAGAAAACCAGAUGUCAAGUGUAAUAUAAUUUGUGAAAUUGUUAUCUAAUUUUUUUAUAUUUUUCAGUGCCAGAUCAGAUCUAACGUCAAUCAGUCGAGUUGUUCCGGCCUCCAGCCAUUCCAAUGCCAUCUAUGAUGUCGAUGGCGAUAUGCUCGAUGAGUUGCCUGAUGAAUACCCAUCAUCAUCUCAAUGCAGUGUCAAAUACGCCGAAUCUGAGAUGGGAUGGGAAGAGGACUCGUUCACGCAUGGAUUCUGUGCUCAGAAUCCAUGCUUUUCGGGAUCCCCAACGCCGUCCGACAUUAGCAAUUUGAGCUGUGUGAGAAACUUGAAGCGCCUUCUUCAGGAAAAAGGAGAUCACUCAACGACGGCGUCAGUUAUUCUAGAAAAGGUAAGUGGUUUAUCUAAAUCAAAGUCUGAUUGCCGUUUAGGUUUAAUUUUGAGACCUUUUUUUGCUUUUCUGGGGAUUUUAUCAUGAAUAAUAUCCACUACAUGUACCUAAAUUUUGAAAAUUGAUUUUGUCAAUUGUUUUGAUCAGUAGCAGAGAUUGAAGGGCUUAUUACAUCCUAUAUGUUGUCUAAUACGAAUGAUUUCAGUUGAAUUCGUCUAACACAACCAACUUUUCGGACUGUGAAGACAAUACAUCGGGUCUUCUUGAUAUUGCGGAAAUGAUUCAAUCGAAAUGCUCCGCCCAAAACGUGCAAUAUAUGUACGAGAGCGUCCACCUCGGUGAUACAGCGACUUUUGAUGCCAUGUCGGUUCUCAGUUUUCAAAGUUCUUCAAGUUUUCGGAAGCUUGGAAAAUCCAAAGGGCAAGUGAAGUAUAAUAUAAAUUUAUUUUGAUCUCUUCGGUUUUAGGUUGUAUGAUUUAACAGGACGCCCGUCUCCAACCCCCUCGACAUACUCUCGCCGUUCGUCGAUGCGAUUCCAGUCCCCAUUGGCCUCGACUUCUCACAGCGCUGAGAAAUCGGAUCCGGUCAAGCCGACAAUAAUCACGGUGACGGAUGAGGAAGAUCCAAAACAGAAGAAUGUGAUGACGGAUUCGUGUUUUAGCAGAAGUUCGGUCAGCUCAACGAAUCAUGGGUGAGUCUUGGAUAUUGUUUUAGGUGGAUUAUAAUAUUUAGAUAAUUUUUUGAAAUUUUGAGUAUUUUAUAUCGAAUAUUUUUAGUCCUUACCGACGUUCGACAAUGUUCGAUUCGGGAUUGUCGACUGAUUUUACCUCUGAAGAUGAUCGAUCUAGUGUUGGGGGUUAUGCAAAAGCGUAUUCGGCGGAACAAACGGGUCAUAAGUGAGUUAUUUAUAUAAUUUUUGUUUUGGUUUUAUGUCACAAUUGGUCUGUCUAUCAAGGCAAAUAACUGCAGAAUCUUUAUUUUGAUGUUUGAGUAUUAUUGUUUGAAUUUUGAGACUACAAUCUUUGCCUAAAAUAAUAUCGUGUUUUUAGAACUUGGCUGGAUAAAAUCAUCGAACAGUCGCCCUCCAACUCUCCCAAACAUCAUCCCCAUUCCGUAUUUGGCUCCAUGGCCUCCCUCAACAUCAGCAAUGAAAUGGAAUGGGAGGAUGACCCGGCUCUAAGGGACGAAGGCACCGAAGUCUGA